CUGUGGACCGAAAACAGGAAACAGCUGAAGAAGUGAAUACGUUAACCUAACCUUCACUGCCGAAUCGUCUGUCCCAAUUUCCUUUGGCGAUUUCGCAUUUACUUUUGCAAUUUUUGCCUUGUGUUUUUGGAAUGUUCUGAAGACUUGGCUGUAUUUUACCGAAAAAAUAAUUCGUGAAAUGGUGUCACCUCCAUUAUGUGCACCUUCAAGAUUCUUAUGUCACUCUUGUCCACCUAACUCAAACCCAAUGUUUACUAUUAUGUAUGCUUUAUAAUAUGCCUUUUUAAUUCCGCUAAGGAUUUUAAAAAACGUACAAGAUGUCUCAAAAAACAAUGUCCGUGUCCCAAGAGGGGCCGGCCAAUGCUCUUGCCCUGAACAGGGAAAAUAAUCAAGUUGUCAUAGCUGGCAGAAAUGUGUUUAAGGUGUUUACAAUUGAAGAAGAGGAGUUUGUAGAAAGCUACAAUUUGCGGGUUGGAAAAAACCAAAAUUUAAAUUUUUCCUGUAAUGAUGUGGCAUGGAAUACCUUAGAGGACCAGACUCUGGCUACGGCUGCAACAAAUGGUGCUGUUGUGUUGUGGAAUUUGGACAAGCCCUCUCGUUCGAAGCAGCAGCAUGUUUUCUUGGACCACAAGCGAACUGUCAACAAAGUCAGCUUCCACCCAACGGAAGCACAUUGGCUCAUAUCAGGUUCGCAGGAUGGCACUAUGAAAUGCUUUGACAUUCGAAUGAGAGAUGCGACCAAGACAUUUAUGAGCAAUACAGAAAGUAUCCGGGAUGUACAAUUCAGUCCUCAAUUGCUGCAUGCAUUUGCUGCUGUUUCUGAAAACGGCAAUGUCCAGCUAUGGGAUGUGCGGCGUCCUGAUAAGUGCACACAUCAAUUCACCGCACACUCUGGUCCUGUGUUUGCAUGUGACUGGCAUCCUGAGUGCAAUUGGUUGGCUACAGCCAGCAGAGAUAAAACCAUUAAGGUAUGGGAACUGUCGACUGGAAGGCCUCUAUUAGAAUAUACAAUUAGCACUAUAGCAUCUGUUGGUCGCAUUAAAUGGCGUCCACAACGAAAGCACCACAUUGCCAGUUGUGCCCUGGUAGUCGACUGCAGCAUUAAUGUAUGGGACAUUCGGCGGCCGUACAUUCCUUUCGCUUCCUUUCAAGAGCACAAGGAUGUUGCCACAGGACUUGCAUGGAGAGGAGAUCCUCAAGUUUUUCUUUCAGUUAGUCGAGAUUGCACUUUAAUACAUCAUGUUUUCAAAGAUGCAACCAGGCCAGCAGAUCAGGCAAACCCUCAGGGUAUUUCAAUCAAUUCAUCUGGAGAUGUAGCAUUUGCUUGCCGAAUAAGCUCAAGUAAUGUACCUUUCAGUUCCAAGAUUCAAGGGUACCUGAGAAAAUCUCACUUAACUAGUGAACAAUUUUGCCAAGCUACAAGCUCUAUGCACUUAUACUCUAUGAAAGCUGUUCGAGAAAAUCGCUGGAUGGUGGAAAGUGCUCGUAGGUACAUUUUAAAUGGGCGCUCUCUAGCUGAAAUGUGUGAUCAUAAUGCAGCAGUUGCCAGAGAACUAGGAAGGCAUCAGGUGAGCCUUGUGUGGAGCAUCAUCAAGACUCUUUACUGGAGCUCUCGUGGUGGACCGGGUGACCCAAAUCCUCCAUCAGCUUCUGCUGUGACUGGACGUGAUGAUAGUUCAGUGUCUGGAGAAGUGACCGCUGCCACUGGGACCAACACAACAGCAGGAGAACCUGAGCAGAGGGUUGUUAGGAGUAGCAACAACACUAAUGGAGAGGUGGCAGUGACUGGCAGUGGCAAUGUUGAUGGUGGUGAUGCAAUAGCUACGGAAGAGGAGACGGAAACUGAUGAAACCACUGAAAUAUCUUUAAAUGGGGUACACCUUGGCUUACCAUCUUUUGCAAAAACACCUAUGACCCAAGGAGACUUCUUCUUUGGUGACGGUGAGAUGGAUCCACUAGACAUGGACAGCGGCAUGGGAGUGGGAGCUUCUGUUGGGGUGGGCGGAGGCCUCCUUGCUGCACUUGCUCUGGGUAUGGGAAACGGGGGCAGUCAGAUUGGUACUGUAGGAGGCCCUGCCGAUGAGUGGAUGCUUUCCAGUGAAGCCUUUCCUCUUCGACAUGAGAUUCUAGACCGCUCCCCACCCCCGGAAACCUAUCCAAAUCAUCUGGAACCAAGUGAACAAGAGACCCAGACUGUAGCUGUGGAAGAGCAGCCUGCACCCUUACUCAAUGUGUCUGCUCUUUCUGCACCGUUAAUGUGGGAUUGUGGCAAUGUAGUAGCUGAUGCUUUACGUCACCAUGCUUCAAUGGGCGAUGUGCAAAUGGCUGCAUCAGCUCUGCUUGUUCUUGGUGAUAAGCGAAGAGGUCUUGGAGUGGAUGAAGCUACUCAAGAACAUUGGAUGCUGGGGUACAUCGAUUUUCUGGGUCGCCAUGAAUUAUACAAUGUGGCAACACAAGUUAUUAAACUUUCUUGGCUGCCUAAUGUUAAUCAGUUGAGUCAACAAUCAACAACGUAUUAUACCUGCUGUGGACAGUGUGAGAAACCUCUUCACCGUACAGGCUGGUUGUGUGACCGUUGUCACAGUUCAGAGUCUUCAUUGUGCUCAGUGUGCCAUCAAGUUGUAAAAGGACUGUAUGCCUGGUGUCAAGGCUGUGCACAUGGCGGGCACAUACAUCAUAUACAACAAUGGCUUAGCACAAAUAAGUAUUGCCCAUCAGGGUGUGGGCAUCUAUGUGAAUAUAAUUAACUAUUUACAUUGGAAACUAUCUAUCACUGUGUCUUAAACUGAACCUGGUCCUGUGAUAUCUAUCAAUACGCUUCCAUUAGUUUUAUAGAAAUGAACUGAAUCUCUGUUGUCUUCUGAAGUGUCACUAUUGAAACUCUUUGACCAAACAGAGAAUGUCAAGAAAAGUCUUCAUCAAUAAUUUUAUUGAAUGUUUCGACAAACAGAAUUUUAAUGGCUGUGAUAUCAUGUAAGGUCUUUCACAUUUUUAAGAAAUGACAUUAAAAGUGAUUGAAAGAAU